GACACCUGUGGUUUAAGGUAACAGAGAGGAACAGGGCCUGUCAUUUCGACACAUGAUGCUGUACUUCCUCCUACCUGUGGCCGUGGAACUGUGUAUGCCAUGUCAAAGCAUCUGUCGAAAUUCCCCUCUCUCCACUAUAAGAGCCAGACUGGAGUACCAGCAUGGACACACACACACACAGGACUGCUAUCCAGAGAGACAGAGGACAGCAACAACACACAGACAGUGAUGACUGAGAUGAAGCUGCAGAUAAGCCCCAGCCUAUCAAGGCUUUUGUUCCUGUUAGCGUGUCUCAGUGGGUGUGGCUUGGGCCAUGGGCUACACCUGGGUGCCUGCUCUGUCAACAUACACACACACGAACUACGCCGGCACUACACAGAGAUACGGACUGCUGUGGUAGCAUCAGACAGUGAGCCUGGCGUGAGGAUGAUCAGGGGCGACAUGAUGAAGAGCAUCCCUGUGAAGGAAUGCUGCUGUUUCCUGCGGCUGUUGCUUAAUUUCUAUGUGGAAAGAGUGUUCAUUAGCUACGGCUCAUCUCAACCACAGCACCGACGUACAACCAGUGCCCUAGCUAACUCUUUCCUCACAAUCAACAAGGACCUAAACCAAUGUCACUGCUACUGUGGAGAAGACACCAGGACAAGAAUGGACUCAAUACAGGCUCAGUUUGCGAAGUUGGAGAUCCAACAUGCAGCAAUAAAGGCCCUAGGGGAGUUGGACUCACUACUAGACUGGCUGGAAAGACUUAUCACACACAACUCACACAAGCACCUCAAAAUAGAAAGAUAACAGUUAUUCAUUCAUAAAUUAAUUUGUAAAUGUUACAAUAUGGGUUUGAUUACAUUUCUGUCAUCAUAUAUAAUUUAUUUUUAUAAGAUACGUUUACCUGAAAGGAAUAUUUAAUAACUUUUGUAUUCAUGUUGUUCAUUUUUGCAUUAAAACGUACGCACUUAUGUUUAGUUAUGUACAAUUUUACCUUUCGAGGUCAUAAUUAAAAAAGCAGAGCUUAAAUGGGAGUGAUGGGUGGACAGCCCCCAUGGCAGCCAAACAAAGGGGCCCAC